AUGAUCUGGGACCAGCAGCUCUUGUCAAUCGAGAGAUAUCUCGAGAAUGGCAGCCUGAAUGUUGACUUUGUCGCCCCGAAGGUGCAACUAGGACAGCCUGAAUUUAUCCUUGGUACCCUCGUUCCCGUGUGCGUAGGACUGCUUCUACUAUUCAACGAUAUCCUCUCCGCUGUUCGCUAUCCAAAAUGCUUCCGGAAGGCGUUGAGGGCGUUCACCUCGCCGUUCAGAAAUUUCCUUACUCUGGACGAUCUAGAAGGUCCCUCAGAGCCCAUAAGCAGCCCACCAGCCUGGACAUGUAGAGCUCUGGCAAUCGGUACUUUGGUAGAAUGUGCGGCAUAUGUGACUGUACUAGCUUAUGCGGGGAUAGUGAAUGGUCAGCCCAGCGUACUGAGGGAACUCGUCGUUGCGUCCAUAACCUGGCUAUAUGCACUCUUUAGACUGUUAUUCCGACCGCCAUCUACACCACCAUACCUUUUGAUCCUGUUCUACCUGACACAUGCGGGGGUUGCGCUGGCAGACACACUUCUUAGACUUAUGGAAAGCGAGGUCCGCCCCGAGCUAGUUGCGCUUGACAUGGUUCGAAUUAUCUGGCCGACUGGCCUUGCUUGGAUAGCUGGAACUUUGCCGUUACAGCUUAUGCUGCCCGCGAAGAAUGUCGCCAAGGGCACCGAGGCUCCUUCGAGUGGACUAUCCAUGCCGGAGGAUAGCGUGAACUUGUGGUCCUGGUCGACAUUCUCCUUCAUAGAGCCAAUUUUCCCACUGGCAGGAGAGCGCACGUUAAAUGAAGGCGACGUCUGGGCGUUGUCUCCAUACUUUACGCAUAAGAACCUGUUUCACAAGUACUUAAAGUAUCGCGAAGAACAUCCUACGCACUCGUUGCUGCGCUUUCUCAUUGUUUCCAACUCUUUAGAUCUGAUCCUAGAUGUCCUGUUAGAGAUGUGGAGUGCUGUCUUCGGCUUCGUUCCGCCUUAUGCCCUACAGGAAAUUCUCUCCGCACUCGCCGAUCCAUCGCCCGAGUCAAAGCGCAGAGCCUUCCUCUUUGCAUGUGCUGCGUUCAUAGCGAACUUGUCGUUUGCGCAAGUGGACCUCUACCAAACAUGGUACACUCGCCGCUGUUACGAGCGUACGCGCGGUCAGCUGUUCUGUGCGCUUCAUUACAAGGCACUGACACGGCGCGAUGUACAUGAUAGUCCAGAUCAGGAGCAGGGCGGGGGGAGUGCCGAUCUAGGCAAGAUUGUGAACCUGAUGCAGGGUGAUGCGUAUUCCGUUGCCCUUCGAUUUUGGGAAUUCUCCAAAGUUUUUGCUGCCCCAGUUCGUUUAGUCAUCGCGAUGGUUUUCUUGUAUCGUAUUUUGGGCUGGAGUUCUCUCGCGGCUGUGGCAGUCGUUGUCGUCGCCUACAUUCUGAACUAUCCGUUGGCAAAAUACAAUAUUUACGUCACACGACACUCGUGGAAAGCCAGAGAUCGUCGGAUGAGUCUGGUAAAUGAGCUGUUUCAGAAUGUCCGUUUCCUAAAAUUCUACGGUUGGGAGACACGGUGGGCGAAUCGAGUACGCGAGGCGAGGGAGAUCGAACUGAGUUGGCGCGUCAAGGAUAACGUUGUCUCAGUCAUCAUUUCUUUCAUCUGGACAUGGAUUCCUUCCGCAACCGCUGUCUCAACCUUCCUGUGCUACACUCUGAUAGCAGGAGAGAGACUGACAGUAGCGAAAGCCUUCACUUCGAUCGCACUAUUCUCGUACCUGCAAGAGCCUAUGACGGCAUUGCCGGGACAGAUCUUUGCUCUGCUUCAUGCUUAUGUGAGCAUGCAGCGUAUUGAGGUCUUCCUUGGGGAAGCAGAGGUGUCGGAUUGGGCCUCUUCUUUGAAGAUGUCCUCUAAUGCACAGGCUUUUCGCUCCGGAAAAGUCGGGUUCUCGGACGCUUCUUUCGGAUGGGACGUUUAUCCGAAAGACGCACCUUCAAGAUUCGAGCUCGGCCCUCUCGACGUCGAUUUUCCUACAGGAAAACUCACUCUGGUAAGUGGAGCGACCGGGUCAGGAAAAAGUGCGCUGCUCGCUGCUCUGCUGGGAGAAAUGCAUUGCACUUCUGGGAAAGUGACUUUGAACAAGGCAGGACAUCAAGUUGCAUACUGCGCACAGAACCCAUGGCUUGAGCACGCAACAAUCCGCGACAACAUCAUAUUCGGGUCGGCAUAUGGGUAUGACGAGCGACGAUACCAGAUGGUGAUUGAGGCUUGCGCUUUGAAGAGGGAUCUAGAGAUCUUUGAUGCAGGCGACAUGACAGAAAUUGGUGAAAAGGGAAUCACAUUAUCCGGUGGUCAGAGGGCUAGGAUAGCCCUGGCGCGAGCUCUUUACUCUCGAGCUACGUGUAUCCUGCUUGAUGAUCCUCUAGCGGCUGUCGAUAUGCAUACCGCACAACACCUGGCCAAAAAAGCUCUUUCAGGAGAGUUGGCUCGCGAUCGGACAAUCAUCCUGGUGACACAUCAUAUCAGCCUCUGUCUUCCGAUAGCCUCACAUCUCGUCGAGCUAUCCAAUGGUAAGAUCAUUCGUCAGGGGUCCACCGAGGACCUUCAACUACAAGGCCAACUCGAGAAGCUUGUAGCAGCGGAAGACAUUGUGGCCGAAGAAGAUCUUCAAUCUUCGGCUACUGAAACCGGCAACGAAGCAGAUUUGGUGAAUGGUCACCAAGAAGGUCAAUCUAUAUCUAAACCAGCCAACGGUAAGCUCGUCGAGGCUGAAGCCCGUGCCGAAGGCCGGGUGUCCAUGCGAACCUACAUGACCUACAUUCGCGCUGCCGGCUUAUUUUCCUGGUUCUUGACGAUUGUCUUGAUGGUUUUCAUCCGCUUGAUCACGGUUGGCAACCAGUUCUUCAUAGCUAGGUGGGGUGAGGCUUAUGAGAGUACGGGACCUUCAGUGGCAGAAGUCCUUCAACGAGCUGGCGCAUUUUGGGAACAAAUGCCCCCACCUGACGUCGACGUGAAACCCUGGCUGGCAAUCUUCUUGGUGAUCUGCUUGUUCGGGGCGCUUUCUGUCAUCGCCUAUAUAUCACUCGGUUAUUACGCAAGUCUGCAAGCAUCCAGAGUUCUCUUCAUUUCAAUGCUGCAGAAACUCGCUGGUGCCCCGUCGCGAUUCUUCGAUGUGACACCAAUAGGGCGCAUCUUGAAUCGUUUUACCUCAGACAUCAACACUGUUGAUUAUGCUUUGCAGAAUUCUGCCAGGGCUGCUUUAUCUGGAUGUCUCAACUUCCUCGUUUCGUUGUCGGUUAUCAUAUGGGUAGUGCCCUCCUUUGCCCCAUUCGCUCUUAUCAUCUCAUGGUUGUAUAUUCGACUUGCACCCCUGUAUGUCCGCGCCUCGCGAGAUCUACGGCGACUCGAGUCAAUAUCUCUAUCUCCUGCAUUUGCUGGGUUCGACGAGUUGCUGAGGGGCCUGUCUCAUGUGCGGGCAUUCGGUAUGGAGGAAAGAUACCAGGAUAGAUUCUACAAGCGCGUCGAUAAGUUUCAAUCGUUCGAUCACGUAUACUGGCUGGUGUCCGGUUGGCUGCAAUGGCGAUACGACUGUCUUGGGUCCAUUGUCGUUUUCUUGACGACCUUGUUCGCUCUUUGGGGCUCUGUCUCGUCUGGAUUCGCGGCCUUGGUUAUUGUCCAAGCCGGCGUGUUUGCUGAAGCUUCGCGUGUAUUGGUAAAGGUUCUCGCACAGCUAGAGCUAGAUUUCAAUUCUGUUGAGCGUAUCGUGGAGUACUUAGGUGUACCUCAGGAGGCGCCCGCUGUCGUACUUGAAAAUACGCCUCCUGCGUAUUGGCCGUCAAGUACUGGCGGGCUUAUCGUGGAAGAUCUGGUGGUUAGAUAUGCCCCGGAACUUCCUGCUGUCCUUCACGGCGUAUCGUUCAGUGUGAAACCCUCCGAGAAGAUUGGAGUGGUUGGCCGCACAGGUUCAGGGAAGUCUACUCUUGCUCUCUCCUUAUUACGCAUGAUAGAGCCUAGUAGUGGUCGUAUAAUUAUUGACAACAUUGACAUAGCAAAAUUAGGUCUAGAUGAUUUGAGGAAGCAUGUUACUAUUAUCAGUCAAGACGUUUCGCUGUUCUCUGGCACGAUCAGGAGCAACCUUGACCCAUUCGCAGAGCACUCUGACGAAGAGUGCUGGGAAGUUUUGGAAAGAUGCCAUCUCAAGUCUUUACUGGACGAUUCUGCGAGCGAGCCGACGAAAACAGAAUCGUCCUUGGAUCUCCACAUUGGUCAGACGGGCUCACUCAGCGCAGGCGAGCGGCAGCUGGUAGCCAUGGCUCGUGCUGUGCUUCGCCGAAGCAACAUAGUGAUUAUGGACGAAGCAACGUCACAGAUCGACUCGAAACUAGAUGAUCAAAUUCAGCAGACAAUCCGUGAAGAAUUCGCUGGUGCAAUCGUUAUUACGAUAGCCCAUCGACUGAAGACAGUGCUAGACUACGACCGCAUCCUCGUUCUCGGACACGGAGAGAUACUAGAGUUUGAUACCCCUCGUGCUUUGCUUUCCAAACAAGGCGGGGUGUUCAGAGAGAUGUGUAGAGCAAGUGCGGAUUGGAAAGAGAUUUUGGCGGCUGUGGAGAAACAAUAG